AAGAAUUGAUUAUCCAGAAAAUCCCUAAGACCGUACGUGGUCAUCUUAUUUCCAGCCUCUGAAAAAUUAUGAACCCCCUUCUCACUGAGCACAAUACAGAAUUAUAUUAUUCUAUAAAAUGUAGCAGCAGAGUCCCGACGCCGAUAUAUGUAUAUAAAUCCAAAUAACCCGUCGCCGUGCCGUCUAGUGUUACAUUGGUAAAUUACUAAAAAACUUUAAAACAGUUAAGAAACGAACUCUAAUUUAGUACAAGAAUUCGAAUAAAAUUUGAUCAACCAAUCUCUUCAAGUGCCCGAAAUAGUCCCACCGAAAAUACAGUCAAUCUCCCGUUAACCGUGGCUACCCGAGGCUUAACACUCUCCGAAAAGUUUAACAACGUGCUGUACUAAAAAUGCGAGCUCCGCGGUGUUUUAUAAUAUUACUUGUUUCUCUCUGUAAUAUUGACGAUAAUUGCUUCUGUUUCGGAGAGAAUAUCACAGUUCAGUCACCAGAUCAUUCUGGAUCACAAGCGGUCAAUGGCAGCGGAAGUGUUUCGGAAACGCAACAUGCUACCUGCCAAAUCACUACUGAAGAGUUAGUUGCCAGUGCGCAGGCAACGGUCACCAGAGUUCUUACAGGCGCGUGUAUAGCAGAAGCGGUAGACCAGCGACUACAAAGCCUGGAAAAUUUGUUUCAAAUUGGAAUCGAUGAGAUAAAUCAGAAGCUGAAUAUCCUGCUUAGAUCUUCGUCAUCCAGGCUUCGGUCCCUUGGUGAUGCAGGUCGCUUGGAUGUCGAUCCCAGACAAGCAGAGGUCGAUAGGAUGAACAACACCAUUAGUGAAAUUUCCACAGCGCAAGCUACGAUCCGGGCGUUCACCCACUUCCUGCGGGUCGAGCACUUCGACGAUAAGAUGUCGCAGUGGGGUUCUCGAGGGUACCUCCGCAGCCCCAACGUUCAAGUCGGUCCCAGGGGAUACGCGAUGUACCUGAAAGUAAUCCCGAGGGACGUCCAGGGGGACAAGGUAUUCGUGAGCGUUGGUGCAGGACUUACUCGAGGCGAGUACGACGCGAGCCUCACCUGGCCAUUUGCUCUCAAGUAUCGCGUCGAGAUCCUUGAUCACUCAGAGGAAGGAUAUCGCCACGAUUUGAGCGGAGCGACAUUCGAUCCUCUGGACUACAGACAUUACGCAGGCUUAUGGAAGAGACCGAUUACCACCCUGGGGAACGAUGAUAACAUAGCUCUAGUCAAUAUAAAGAUCCCCGCGAAUAUUAUUCUAGACAGUGUAAACCGGAGGUCCGAUUAUUUUUCCAGCUCAGACAACGGUAACCGGAAAUACCUUUGGCAGGGUAGCUUGUUAAUUAAGCUCACAGUUUAUUUGUAACUAGUUUGCAGUCGUUUCGUGAUCCGUUAACGCCAUAUUGCGACGAGUAUUAAUUUUUCCACGUGUAUGCUGUGUAAAAAUUCAGAAGCUGUCAAAUUAGACCUUAUCUAAAAUAAGUUUAUUCUUUCCCGAAGAUUCGCUCACGCAGAUAAAGAUUUUAUGCCCUCCUUACACCAAUGUUACACGAAUAACGAAUUAAUCGCCGUUCAAUUAAUGCGUACCCGUAACUUACCUUGCCGAUUUGUCCAUUUGUCCAAAAUCCUAAUACUGACAGACGUUUUCCACAAAGGAGACCUUGACAUUUUUUGUUACUAGAUGUACGAUAAUGUACAUCAAACGUUCCUGGCCACACGUCAUUGAUAAAAGAACUUUUUCCAAUCGUAAGAAAUAAGAUUAUUUCACGUGUAAUAUACUCAUCCAAUCUGAAAUUAUGCAAAUAUAUAUCAUUUUUUUUUUCUUUAUAAAGCAAUAAUGAAAGAUCCCGAGUUUUUGUUUUAAUGUAGAAAUCACAGAAAAUAGGAUUCUGUAACCUAUAUUUUAAAGCCUUUAACUAAUGAAACGGAAUAUUCUGUAAUGAAAGUUGAAGCAAUUCCGUGGAUUUUUAGUUUUACUCAAUGAAACUAACUUUUGGACGGAUUUGAACUAUAUUCGUGGGUGAAUUAUUUUCGGUUCAUGAAAUUUACACACCAUACGCGACCCGCCGGAUGGGAAGGUGCAAGAGGAUAUAAUAUAUUUUCUGUGAAUCGAUCAACGCACUUGCGCAUGUUACAGGAAAUCAUGAUAUUUUAUUAGACAUUACAUUUAAAUAUCGGCAUAUAUAGGUUAUCGCAGUGUUAUUAUAGAGGUGUAGUAAUCGUACAGGUAAUUCGUGUAGCAUAAUAAUCUGAGUUUCGUUUUCGAAAUUAACAAAAUUGGUGUUCCUAUUGUUUAAUCGUCAUUUAUGUUGAAUAGAGUGAACAAAUGCCAGAUUAAUUUUUAACAACGUACAGUUUAUCUAUCCAGAUACUUAGACAGAGCGAUAACCACUGAUGAAUUUGCCUCUAGAAUAUACCGAAUAAAAUAAUCUGAUUUAACAUCGUUGACGGGAUCCAGCAACAAAUAAUAAGACAAUCGAUUUUCGAAUUUAAAGUGAGAUAGCUCCGAUAUCAAUUAAGUAUUCGUUAAUCUAGUCAUUAUAGUUGGCACAUAUGUAUCAUGACAUGUAUUAAUAUAUUUUAAACUAACAAAUUAA